CUGCUCAUACACCUGUGCUGUAUCAUGCCAUAGUUCCAACUAAAGCCAAAGCUGAAUUCUAAAAGCAAAGAUUUAUUCCACACUUUUAAAGAUAAUAUGCAUGUACAAAAGGCAAGAUGAAUAAUCACACAGUGCACAUUUUUCUGCUGAUGGGAUUCUCUGAUGCCCGAGAACUCCAGAUCUUAUACUUCUUCGUAUUUCUUGCAUUGUACACGAUGUCCGUAACUGGGAACCUUCUGAUUAUCAUUGCAGUGGCCUUGGAUUACCACCUUCAUACUCCCAUGUAUUUCUUCAUUUUGAACUUAGCCAUGAUGGACCUUGGCUCAGUUUCGGUCACAGUCCCUAAAUCUAUAGCUAUGUCCGUUACAGAUGACAGAUCAAUUUCUUAUGCUGGAUGUGUUGCUCAGGCUUUCUUUUAUGUCUUCUUUUUAGCUUCAGGUUUUUGUGUCCUCACUAUAAUGGCCCAUGAUCGCCAUAUUUCUAUUUGCAACCCACUCCAGUAUGAAAGAAUCAUGCACAAAGAAGUCUGCUUUCAGAUGGUAGCACUAGGGUGGAUUGGUAGUCUUGGUUAUGCCGUGUUACACACUGGCGGUACAUUUGCAAACACCUUCUGUUCUAAUAUAGUCAGUCAGUUCUUCUGUGAAAUUCCACAGUUAUUAAAGCUCUCCUGCUCUGACAUUUAUCUUGUGGAAGUUGGGUUUAUUGUACUGAACUGUGGUAUUAUGCUAGGAUGUCUCAUCUUCAUCAUCCAUACCUAUGUGCAGAUCUUUGCUACAGUGCUCAGAAUCCCCUCAGUACAUGGUGAGAAAAAAGCCUUUUCUACUUGCAUUCCCCACCUCAUAGUUGCCUCCAUGUUUAUAUUCAGUGGAAUCUGUGCCAAUGCAAGGCCUCGGACUAAUACCUCUUCUGUUCUGGACAUGGCUUUUGCUGUGAUGUAUGCUGUAAUUCCUUCCCUGUUGAAUCCAUUCAUUUAUAGCAUUAGAAACAAAGAACUCAAGACUACUUUGUGGAAACUGGUAAAUUCCAAGCUUUUCUUUUAA